AACGGAGCUCUUGCCAACACAACAACAACACAGCGCCAAGAACACUUUCUGGUUCUACGAUCCAUUUCGGGAAACCGAAGACGAGAUAUCACAGAGAUAGGGAAGGAAGACGCAAAAAUGCCCGCCAUCCGCCACGCCUCCAAGCGCAAAGCUCCCCCAGCCGGAUUCACAGACAUCGAAGACGACCUGCUCAUCUUCUCCAACAAGAUGAAAGACGCAGAGAACGAGCCGACCAUCAACGUCCCCCGGCACCAAGCACACUGGAAGAUCUUCCAAAUCAGCCAUCAGAGGAGUCGAUACGUAUAUGGGCUGUAUUAUGAGAAGGAGGCGAUCAGCAAGCAGUUGUACGAAUGGUUGCUGAAGAAUGGCUAUGCGGAUGCGAUGUUGAUUGCGAAGUGGAAGAAGACGGGGUAUGAGAAGUUAUGCUGCCUCCGAUGCGUGCAAACGAAGGAAACAAACUUCAACUCUACAUGUAUAUGUCGGGUUCCUAAAGCACAAAUGAAGGAAGAUCAGGCGAUUGAAUGUGUGAGCUGUGGAUGCAGAGGUUGCGCCUCGAGCGACUGAACCUUGUGGCUCGAAGAGCAAGCGGAGACGUUCAGCGAUUAUUACUGGAUCUGGCUGGAUGCACCAUUUCGAAUUUGAGGAUACCGACAAUGGCGUUUAUGGAGUCGAGAGAUCUGGGCUAGAUUCGGCAGGCAGCACUUCAUGGUAUGGCGUUUUUGGCGUCGAGGGAAAAUUCCACAUCCUGGAGGAUACUGCACCCAGAUAAGCACCUGUAGUAGUGCUUUACUGUUGGAUUAUAUAUCUACCUCGUUACGAAAGGUGUAAACUACACAAAUCAGAGAGACAUAUUGGAAGUGUCUAAAAAUUAUUCCUCCGUAUUCCCAAAUGCAGGCAUAAAAAUAAUACGAAAGG